CGGGAGUAAACGAACGGCAUCCCGGCGAAGGAUGGUGUCGGGGUGUUUCGCUAGAGGGCAUCCUGUGAACGGCAAAGCAGAAGUAACUGUUGUGCUGGCAUCGCGGACAAUUGCCACGUGUUUCUCCGUUGGAGAUCAUUGUAGCACUUUCUGUAGCACUUCUCUUGCCUUGCCGUUUCUUGCCUUGCCUUGCCGCCGCCGAUGAGCAUACUACAUCUGCGUGCACGUUGAAGGAGUGAAGAGACGAGUUUUGUUCCACAGAUGACUCUUGUGAAUGCGUCGGUGAAGUUCUGUCAGUGGAUGAUGACAUUGGCAUAUGGGCAUCAGGAUGCUGUCUGUGCCUACCGGUCAGAAGGGUGGAAGCACUUCCAGCUGGCGUUGAGCUGAGAGAUGGGUUGUGGGUUGGGAUGUCGUGUCCACGCUCUUCGUUGUUGUUGGAUAAUGCCAAAUUCUCUUGCAGUCUCCUCGGGAGCACACGCUGAAGCGAGAAGGUUACAACGGCAUCAAAUCGCGAAGGGUGCAUUUUCUAAGGGAAGGGGUUUGGAUUGGUGGCCGGUGGGGUUUGGUUGGGGUGACGGUAUGUAUGGCCUCCCCAACAUAGAAGUUGGCCUUGCCGAAUUCGGAGAUCGAUUGAGCAUGGGGCGUGCUCAGGGUUCUUGCGGUUUUGGUGGUUGAAACGGAACUCCCACUGUACCGAUGGUAUUCCUCUCUCUUUCUAUGGCAGGGAACAGUUGAUUGAUGGGGUUUAAGGGGUACGGACACUUUUAAGGGUUGACUGAUGGGGCUUAGCAAGAGGGUUGGAUCUCAUCGUCAGAGGAGGCAGUGAAGCUUUCCUCGGCUAGAGCAGGCAUGUGGGUAUUCAUGGAGUUCCCUGUAAGAUGGGAUGUGGGGCUUGUCCCCUUCACAAGCCAUUUUGGUACAUCUGGAUCAGCAUGAGGGGCCAAUGUUCCCUAGAUCUGGUAGUGGAUGGCCACCAAAGUCAAAGGAAGGCUUGUGCCUGCUACACUCUUUUGAUAAGAAGGUUACUCCCUUUAUAAGAAAAUAGGAAGAGUGUAGAACCAGAUGUUGGGGAGCCAUAUUCUGGCAGGUGUGGGCAUUUUCACAUUGGUAGUCCCAGUCUUUGGAAGGAUGCUUGGCCUGCUCCAAGCCUGAGAGAGAAGCAGAUUGGCAGGUGGCUGCGCCAUGCACAAGCGGACCUACUCCCUAGGCAGGUUGAGAUUGACCGUAGAGACUGUGUUCAGUUUUUGGAGAUAGUGUACACUGUGAAGGUUCACCGAUUGGAACUGUGAAAUUUCACUUCCAAGAUGGCUCUGUGCCUACCGUCGAUGACGGAUGGUGGUCGCAAAGAGGUCCGGGAAUCUCAGCGAAUGGACUUGCAGGAGGUUGGCACCUUCCGAUGGAACAUACCGAAUUUCAAGGAUAUAAUCGCCAACGAGCUUCUUUCGGACAUUUUCAUUGUCGGUAAUUUCAGGUGGAGGUUGCAGCUUUAUCCCAACGGUAAUGUGCACGUGGACCAGCUUUGUGCUGGGCAUUUGUCUGUGUACUUGGAGAUGGUAGACGCUUCGACCUUGCAGCGAGGCCAUGGGAAGCUGGUCCAGUACAAGCUUUCGGCUGUGAAUCACAGGCUGUCGAGGAAAACGGUGCAGAAGGAUUGGAAGAGCAAAUUCGAUGUGAAGAAUGCAAGCUGGGGACAGCACAAGUUCAUGUCGGUAAAGGACCUGUGUGACCCUGCAGCCGGGUUUCUGAAUGAUGGGACCUUGACUAUCGAGACUGAAAUAACAACGCCGCCACACGACCUCGCAUCAAACAGGGAGCGCAACUCUUUUGAUGAGACCAUUGGAACUUUCCGUUGGACCAUUGACAGGUUCCACCAACUGAACGUGCAGAAGCUUUUCUCCCACUCCUUCCACAUUGGCGACCGCAAAUGGCGCAUUCAGUUGUACCCCAAAGGCAACGAGGAGGUUGAUCCCGGCGCAUCUGGCCACUUAUCCCUUUAUCUGGAGAUGCUGGACUCCUACCUCUUGGCACCGGGUAGGGGCGUGAUUGCGCAGUACAAGCUGCGGGUAGUAAGCCAAACGGAUCCGAAGCAUUGUGCCGCUCGGGACUGGAAGAGUUGCUUUGACCGUGAGAAUCCCAGCUGGGGUCUUCACAAAUUUCUCACGAUCACUUCGCUCAAUGAUCUGCAUAAGGGUCUUUUGGUUAAUGGCACACUCAUCGUUGAGGCAGAGCUCAACGUGCUGAGCAACGGGGAGGAGAAGAAAGCUGUAAAGGAGGCGGCCAGUGAGAUGACAGUGAAAGUUGUGUGGGGAGGCGUCGAUUUCUCGCGGCCUAGAGGUGGCAAUCAGAGUUUGUUUAUGGACGUCUUUCCGCAAGAUGCGGUGAGAAGCUUCCGUUUGUCGAAGCAGAUUUCGUUUCAGAAGCUGAAAGAGGAAUGUGUGAUGGCAUUCAACAUUCCGUCAAGCUGCCAACGUUUCUGGCUGUGGGUGAAGAAGGCCGGAAAUGUUUUCCGGUUUCGGCCACUGGACAGCCACGAGCAAGUGCUCAGUAUGGGGUACUUGAAAGACGCGGUGUACCGGCAACCGGAUGUAGAUUUUGAGCUCUUCUUGGAGGGACCAGAACAGUUGGUAGGGGCGGGCAAUCCCGGACAGGACUCUUCGUCCGUUCGCUUGCACGCCCGCAGAGACGAUGACCUCCUCCUUUUCUUCAAAGCGUAUUCGCCGGAAACAAACGAAGCCCGGUACGUUGGGUAUGUGUUUGUGAAGCGUGGAAGCCAGCCAGCUAGUAUUCAGAAGGCUUUGAGAGAGAGGGGGUUUCCCAUGGGCACGAAUGUCUCCCUCUACAAGGACCUUUUCUUGUGGUGCGACCCGGUGGACAUGGAAAUGACGUUUGAGCAAGCCGACUUCAAAGAUGGAGAUGUCAUUUGGAUACAGAGGGCAGUUCCGCCGAACGAAAGGGACAAGUUCCCCUUCCCAGAUGUCCCCUCGCUUAGGAAGUGGAUUAUACACAACUGUCGCGUGGUUUUUGACAAAAGGAGCAUGUCGUGGUUUUAUGAGCAAGCUGCGAGGAAAGUGGAGAGAGGCGGGAAGCCAAAUUCCAGUGGAUGCUCAGAUGAUCGGUUGGGGGACGGCCACCACCAUGAACUGGAUUGGGCGCGACUACAAAAGGUGGAGAAGGAUCUGGAAAAAUGUGGCACUGAUCUUGAGGCAGCAAAGAAACAGGUGGAGGACAGGGAGAUCGACAUUGCGAUUUUGAGGAGUCAGCUUGAUUUAGAAAUUAAGGAAAAGAACGAGGCUUUGCGUGCGUUGACCGGAGUUCGGGGCAUGCAAGAGAGCUUUAGAGAAUACACCUACACAGAAAUACUCAAGGCAACUAACGAAUUCCGCGCAACGCUAAUUCUGGGUAAUGGCCGCUUUGGAACCGUCUACAAGGGAGAGCUAAAUAGUCAACCUGUUGCAGUGAAGAGGCUGAGCAUGAGCAGCCUCCAGGGUGCCAAAGAGUUCAAGAAUGAGGCGGUGGUCCUUAGCACGAUUAGACAUCCCCAUGUGGUGCAGCUUUUGGGUGUGUGCGCAGAUCAUUACUGCCUGGUGUACGAGUACAUGGCGGGCGGAAGCUUGAGGAAACGGCUGCAGUGUGGUUGGAAGCCUUUGGGUUGGUGUGCUCGCAUGCGGAUUGCGGCAGAGGUGGCACAGGCCAUGCUCUUCCUGCAUGCGAGGCACUUUGGCGACACCAUUCACCUGGAUCUGAAGUCGGACAACAUUAUGCUUGAUGUGAAUGAUAACAGCAAAAUCAGCGAUGUGCGUUUGGGAAGGCUGGUCCCUGAGCUGCCUGACGGAGAGCAAGGACCCGGAUCGAUAUUCCUCUCACCCCCUCAGUGGCUGCAGGCAGGAACCGAUGGUGGCCAGCCGAGAGUGCUAGGGACAAAGGCGGACGUGCACAACUUAGGACUGAUUCUUGCAGAAUUGCUCACAGGCAAGUCUGGGCAGGAAGCGUUGUCCUUAAUGGAGAAGGCGAUGAGGGGGUUUAUGCCGUUCUGGAGAGUCUUGGAUCCCUCAGCUGGACAGUGGAAUCUUCACCAGGCAAAAAAGGUUGUGGACUUGGCCGUCAAGUGCACCUCGAUGCAUGGCUGUGAGGAGAGGAGGAUUCUUCCCAUCUUGGAAGGCGUCGCCAGAGCCGCAAAACUGCAAGAGAUAGAGUUAUCUACAAAUUCGUCAUCCAGACCCCUGAGAAGUCUGCCUCAACAGUAUGUCUGUCCUAUCACGGCAGACGUGAUGGAUGAACCGGUGCUUGCGGCUGAUGGGCAUACGUACGAGCGCACAGCGAUCACUGCAUGGCUUGAAACACAUCAGACGUCACCGAUGACUAACCUUGCCCUUGAGAACAAGUCCCUUAUUCCGAAUCUGGCUUUGCGAUCUCUCAUCCGAGAGUGGGAGGAGUCACAGCCAGAUGCCAUGCUUGACCGGUAAAUAGCAACGCCGAUCAAGCAAAUGGGUUGAUCUCUCUUAUUUAAUGUAGUGUUGUGUUCACCGGUGUUUGCAAAAUGAUGAUUUGACCAACGCCACGUUUUCACCGAUGGUUGAAUCCGAUCCUUUGCUCCGUCUCUCCCUGCUCAGUCAAGUGGCCCAUCCAAAUGUCCCUCCACAAUUUCACUCUGGAGGCAUUAUCUUGCUCCAUUACUUUCAGCCAAUCCCCUUCUUCAGUCCAGUUCAGUCCUUUCCAGUCCCUUCCAGUCCCAUUCUACCCUCUCCCAACCCCAACCCCGCAGUGCUGUUCCCCCCUCCCGCAGCCUUGCCCAUCUCCUCCUCCUCCUUCCCUCGUCUCUUUGCAUCUCCCGAAUUUCGACUCCAUGCCAUCGCUUGGCUCAUGACGACGAUGUGGGGCAUCUGGGGCCACUCCUCUCACCAAAUCCAUGUGUAACAUAGUGUGCCCCAGUGUGCUUGGGGUUUUCCUUCCUUAGUCCGCUGCCAUGUCUUGCACCUCCCGCAGGAUCUGCCAAAAAAUUGGCUGUUAUUGGUUGGCCACCAAAGUGAGACGACAAGUCACCACCCUGCACCCUGCCCGUAUGCAUGCACCCCCCGCUGAAGAGAGUGUGGACGUCUGCGGCACGCGUGCCGCCCCCACUGAAGAGUGCCGACCGCUGGCUGCCGUGCUAUCCGCCCAUGUGUGGGCGUUACUGUUCUUUGGCUCUGGUAUCCAGAUGCACGCCACGGGAAAGACCGCAGGGGCAAAGGAGCGAUGUGUGACGGUGAUAAUGCACAGCUCAGAAUAAAUGCAGGAAGAGGAGAAGCGAAGGGUCUCCCUGAGCGACGCUGACCUUGUUGUACAUAAAUGAGGGAUGCAGCCAGGAUGCUUUAGGAGUUAUAUGCUUCUUAGCGGAUUUUUUAUUUUUAUUUUUUUUAAUUUUAUUUUUAUUUUUAUUUUUUUUUGUUGACAAAGUGGUAAGUCCAGAGAGAUUGAAGGCAAGGCAGGCAGGCAGUAGAGGCUAAGCCGCGGGUGAACGGAAGUUGCAAAUUUGUCAAAUUGGAUUACAAUCCUACUAGAAAGGCGGUGUAGGGAAAUUUGUUUUCGUCCGCUGUGUCAAAUUUUAUAAUGCAGAUUAUGCAGUGUAUUUCUCAAGAGCACAGGAAAAGGAGUUGGAUGCGCGGCACUGAUUUGUCAAAACUUCUCUGCUGAUUUGUAUGGUGACUCUGUACGGUGGUGUAUAUGUUGAAUCCGUCCCCUCGUUGUUUGUUGCUCCUCAUUGUUUGUUAGUUACAGCUUAACUGUUCUUAAGAGGAACGGGUGUCUUGGCGACUAAGUACUUAUGAGGAAAUGUAGUGCUUCGACGGAAUAGAACCCAACAAACGUAAGCGUGACGG